UCCUACCUAGCAUGCAGCCUUCGAAACGAGACACCAAAUAUGAACAAUGCGUAAUUUCCACGCAUUCUUACACAACUCGAAGCAAUUUUUGGACAUUUAAUUAUUCCAUUGGAGCGUUUCUGACAGGCGACAGGAAUUUCCCACAAUGCAGUUGUCAUGACCUAAGAAGUACACAGACGUUCGGUUAUUUGACAAACGUGCUGCUCUCACAGCGGUUCCCAUUCCCAUUUCACUCUCUGUCCUGCUGAUCUGCUCGGUCCUGACGCUGAUUCUCCAGUCUGCUCUGUCCCAUUGUGUGCUCAAGUUUGCCAUAGGCCAGGAUGGCUGUUCGUCUUCUCCGAUACAUGGCACCGCUUGCUUCCACAGCCCUGCUCCAAUGCAGGCCCUCCCCUAAGACUGCAGGGCCACUCCUAACUCUGACUCCACCCACUGCGCUAGCAGCAUCAGCGCCAGCAAUGUCCGGAUUCAAUCUACUGCAUCUGGUCAACCAAGGCCAACCUGUAAAACUCAAGGCCUGCGGGCUCCCCUCAGGAACAUGCCGGAGCAAGAAGACAUGGCCUAGAACCUUCCCAGAGGAGGAGCUGAGGAAGCAGUUGACCCCCAUGCAGUACCAUGUUACUCAGGAGAAAGGUACAGAGAGUGCUUUCACAGGAAAAUAUACUGAUAACAAAGAGGAUGGAACAUACCAUUGUGUCGUUUGCAGCACCCCUCUUUUCACGUCCGAUAAGAAGUUUGAGUCUGGAUCAGGAUGGCCUUCCUUUUUCGAUUUGAUCAAUAAGGACGCUAUCACACAAACAGAUGACUUUUCGUACGGUAUGCACAGAGUGGAGACAACCUGCAGUCAGUGUGGCGCUCACCUGGGGCACCUCUUUGAUGACGGACCCCGUCCAACAAGAAAGCGCUACUGCAUAAACUCCGCCUCCCUCAAUUUCCAAUCAAAAAGCAGCACCUCUGAGGGGGUGGAGCCAACCGAAGUUGCAGGCCAACCAACAUCUAGUAAGAAUGAAGAUCUUUAAUGGGACUUGAAACAGACCAAUCAAGUUACAGAUGUCAUACCUACACUCUUAGAAGAAAAGGUUCCAUAUAGAACCCUAAAGGUUUCUAUUGCUCUCUUCAUAUUUGGAACCCCUAAAAGGUUCUUUGAGCCAGGUGGAAAGGUUCUAUAUCAAACCCUUUUUAAGGGUUCUAUCAAGGUGGAAAGUUCUAUAUAGAACCUUUUUAGGGGUUCCCAAAAUGAAACCGUAACAUUUUUGUUUUGUUUUGUUUUGGUUUUUUUAAUAAUUUGUUUGGUUUUAUUACCAGAAGAUCAUUUAAUGGAUAUGCAAAUUGAAUUGUUCAAUAUACUUGAAAUUAUACAAUAGUUAUGAAGAAUUGACUUAAUAAAUCUACAGGUUUGUAAUAAGUUAAAAGUUAAUUAGUAGUAAUGUUAUUUUUUAUAAAAAUCAUAAACAUGAAAUUAUUUAACAUUAACUAUAAGUUAACGUUAUAAUCAUAAGUAAGAUUAAUAAACAAGUCAAAAAUGAAGUAAAAAUAAAUAAAAACAAAUUACCUAUGAAAAGCUGUUAUGUAACAUAAUUAUCAUACUUUUUUACAUGACAAUAAAACUACAAACACCAAAUACUCACAAGUGUAGAAAUUAAAACUUUCCAUCACUUCCUCUCUUUGACUUUGGUCAUUUGACAUAUUCACAGAGUUUGAUUAAUCUCUUUAUAUCAGUGCCGACGGCUUAUUUCAGUGCUGUGAUGUGCUCCUGAAAUAUUUUUUUGUUUUUUCGCAUGUUAUCUAGAUGAAAAGAAAAUUAAUUUAUGACAUAACCUGGUAUCAAGAUUACUAGUCAAUCCAGGAUGUAGUCAAGUUUGACAUUACUAACUUCACCGGCCUAGACAAAACAGUUCUUCUUUGUGCUUGCUGAAAUAAACGUGCAAGUCAUUGUUGACAAGGAGUUAGGCCAAACUAAAUAAAAAUAACAUAACAUUAAUCAACAAAUGAAUUAAUUUAAUUUACUUGCCAAGGUAAUGUCGCCCUCCAGCAUUCAGCUCAUCUGGCAUUCUGUGACCGGUAAAAUUUGAAAUAGAAUAUUUGCGUGUUUUGAUCACUCACGUGAAUUGCAUAUCAUCUGCAAGCACACGGCUUAAAUGCUCCUUUGUGCAAUGUAGAUAUGAGGGGAAAACAGCGCUACACUAACAAGUUGUUUGCUGUUUAUGAUAAACACUUUUUUGAGAAUUAUGAGUCAAGAAUAGACUAGCAUAGACUAUAUUAAUACAACCUGAUGUCUAAAAGAGAAAGGACAUUGGAUCUGAUCAUCUGUCAUUUAUGCUUUUGUAAUCAAACCUAAAGGUGUAGAAGUGCAUUGUCAAAGUUUUUUCUCAUCAUCAGUCAUUUGUUUUCUGCAGUAUGAAAUGCUAAUGCUAAAUUAAUGUAGUGUAAAACUUUUUAUGAACAAAACUUUCAAUAAUGUAAUGUAUGCAUACAUGCAUACAUACUCGCAUUAAGCAAUUGUCAACCCAAAGAACCAUUUUGUGCAUAAAGGGUUCUUUUUUCUGUACAUCUUUGUAAUUAGAACUUUUUUGGCAUAAAGGGUUCUUUGGAGCUGAAUAAAGAACUCUAGGAUUCUAUAUAGAACCCUAAAGAACCCUUUUUUUCUAAGAGUGUAGGCUACUCCAAAGUCACUCCUGAACUUCCAAAUCAGGCCUGAUGUUUUUCAAGUGAUCCAUUCUAAGCAACAUUUGUCCAAAUGAUACUGUAGGUCUUUGGGAAACAUGGAAUGCAAUGUCAGAUUAGAAUGGACUUACGUUUGCUUCUCAACUUAACUGCUUAAAGGGAUAGUUUACCAAGAAAUACAAAUAUAACUUUCUUUCUUCUGUGGAAAACAAAAAAGAUGUUAAAGGCUGGUAACUCGGGCGAACGGAAAUGCAAGCUCAUGCAAAGAAAUGUUAACAUUUUAAGUGUAAUAUAAUUUGUUAUUUAUGAUUUAGAAGCCUUUCCACAUGACAUCAUACCCUGGUCCGUUGCGUUGUCCGAAAAAAGUUUGUGUGCUCAUAGCCUAGUGUCACCGCCUCUUUAGGGAGAAUGACAGCCUCAGUCACUGUCAACUUUCAUUGUAUGGGAAAAAGAUGGAACAAAAGUGUAUGGUGACUGACACUAGCAUUCAGCCUAACAUCUCCUUGUGUUUACCAUUGAAGAAAGACAAAUGGGUUUGGAACAAGGUUGAGUAGAUUAUGACCGAGUUUUCAUUUUUGAGUGAAAAACCUGACAAAAUAGAGUGAUCCAGAAACCUGAAAUUGCUCCCAAGAAAUUUGCUGUGCUAAACUCUUUUUGAACACUCAGUAGUUGUUUUCAUAAUGUUAAGACUCUAGACUGUAAUAUUUUUUCUGCUCAAAGAUAUAUUCAAAGCCCAGUGAUUGGAAACAAAUUAUAUAUGUAUACUUUUUCAGAGCACCAUGUUGUUUUUGAAGUGACAUGUGAUACAGGGAGGUCAUGAAGUCUGAAGAAAAUGCAAUGCAAGUGCUCCUGUGAGCAGUAAAAUAAGCACUGAGUGGAGAACAAAGCAUUCUUUGAAAUAAAAUGGAACACAUGACAAAUGUUUAGUCUGAACACAAAUGUAGCCUGACUUUUAAGGGUGCUUUUUUGGUCUCCCUGCUUGCAGUGCCUAUUUUUCUUCUGAGUUGAAUAUUUUCUUGGAUAUUGAUUCACUUUGAUUGAUAGAAUUGUAUUGUUCUAUAUUCAUAUUGACCAGUGUGAAUAAAGAGAUAUUA